AUGUCCUUCGAAAGCGUCAUGCCGCCGUACAACGCCACGGACCCGUCGGCCUCCUUCCUCAACUCCUCCUGUCUAGACUUUCUCCUCAUCGAGCUCGUGCCCAUGGCCUUCCGCGUGACGAGGGACCUCGAAGCCGCGCCGACUGAUGCGAAUGGGACUGGGUCUGGUGCCGCGGUAGGAGGCGCUUCGGCUGAUGCGCUAUCGACCGUGAGCCAUAGCCAGGGCGGGGGAGGAGACGGGGGUCCCGCGCCGUCGAGCGCCGACGGGGCCGCGGGCGGGAGCACAGUCAGGAAGCUUGACGAGGAUGAGGAGCGGGACGCGGUGUUUUAUCGGCUUGAGACGCUGGGCUAUCGUGUUGGGCAGGGGCUUGUUGAGAGGUUCUCGAGAGACCGGCCGCGAUUCAACGAUACGCUCGACGUGAUCAAGUUUGUCUGCAAGGAUCUGUGGUCGCUUGUGUUUAGGAAACAGAUUGACAACCUCAAGACGAAUCACAGGGGCGUCUACGUGCUAACGGAUAACUCGUUCAAACCGUUCUCGAGGAUGAGCACAGAGGCUGGCGGACAAGCGGUUGUUCGGGCACAGCCGUUCCUCUGGUUCCCGUGCGGCAUUGUGCGCGGGGCGCUGGCGGCGUUAGGUAUCAACGCUACCGUCCAAGCCGAGACCAACGAGCUACCGGCAGCUAUUUUCCAAAUCAAAACACUGCCGUCGAGCUCAUAA